GCCCACUGAAGACGUCGUCGUCCUCUUCGACUUGCUUUUUUUUUUUUUACGUGUGUUGUGUUGUCGCCUCAAGGGUGCAUCCGAAGCUCGCUGUCGCACCGUGUGUGUACUAGUGUCCCCGACCUCGUGGUGAAGAGCUAGAAAAAAAAAAAAAAGCAUCUACUCUACACUGUGUCCGUGAGUGUGUUCUACACGCCUCGUGUACUGAACGGAACAAGCUUGCCUUCCUUCGUCAUAUUUCUGCUUCUUCGAGGAGAAGACGUUCCCCUUCUUUGCUCGUCCACGUGUUCUACGAACACCGAAUUCCCGACACUUUGUGGACCCGUUUCUUGACGGCAACCGGCCACCACCCCACAACCCCUUGAAGAGUUCGUCCCGUCUCGUUUUGUUGCUGCUCGAGAGGAAGAAGGAUUUCUGUGGCUGUCGUCUUUGUGAUUCGCUGUGUGAGGUUCGAGCCGCCUGUCCCGUCUCUUUCGGAAGAGAAGUGCAGGUUUCUUUUCUUUUGUUGCCGAACAGGCUUCAAGAAGAUUCCGAUUUCUGCGGCUUCAAGGAGAAGGCCAUCAGCUGUGUGAGUGUCGGUGCUUGAAAAAAGAAAAGAUUGUUCCUUCGCCCAGUUGACAACGGCGACCAACCGAAGAAACCUCCGUCUAACUGCUGUAUUACGGAGAAGCUGUUGCUGAGAAAAUCAAGGAACUUCCCAGGAGUCGACAUGGCUCAACGGUACGACGACCCGGUGCCCCACUAUGGCGCCGGCGCUGGCGGCGGUGGCGGGGCCACCGCCCUGGAGGGACCCCUGGGCGCCUACGACCCGCAUGGCCGCAUGCAGCCGCUGGCUCACAGCCCGCACCCCAUGAACGCGGCAGCCGCCAUGUACGCCAACCACGGGGCCGCCGGAGCCGCCAAUCACGUGAUGGGCACCGUGCCGGACGUGCACAAGCGAGACAAGGACGCCAUCUAUGGACACCCACUGUUUCCCCUGCUGGCACUGAUCUUCGAGAAAUGCGAACUGGCCACCUGCACACCCAGGGAGCCGGGCAUCGCCGGCGGGGACGUGUGUUCCUCCGAAUCCUUCAACGAGGACAUCGCGGUGUUCGCCAAGCAGACGAGGCAAGACAAACAAUAUUACCUUCCCAACCCUGAGUUAGACAGCCUCAUGGUGCAAGCCAUCCAAGUUCUCAGGUUUCACCUUCUAGAGCUCGAAAAGGUGCACGAGCUGUGCGACAAUUUCUGCCAGCGGUACAUCAGCUGCCUGAAGGGCAAGAUGCCCAUCGACCUGGUGAUAGACGAGCGCGACAGCAAGCCCGGGGACCUGGGCGACAACAACAACAACCACAACAGCAGCGGCGGGGGCUCGGGGGGCGGAGGGGGCUCCGGAGGGGGCGGAGGGGGCGGGGGAGGCGGAAGCGCGGGGGGCCGCGGUCACCACAACCCGGACACCACGGGCCACAACAGCACCGACAGCUCCUCCACGCCGGAUCAGGGAUACGGCAUGGAGGACAUCGAACCUGGCCCCGGAGACGACAGUGUCGUCGACGGUCACAGUCCGUUCCGACGUGCGGUCGGCGGCGGUGCGUGGCAGUUCCCCAAGUUCAGCAACUCGUACAACGGAUGUACACAAUUUCCAAGUGUACACGAAUACACGUUGGCACAUGACAAGCAGCAUUGCCAGAAAAUCCUAAGAGACUCGAUACAAACUUCGCCCCUGUCCAAACAGCGGCCCCCUUCGCAGUCCCUGAACUCGUACGGCACAGCGGAUGACGUGCGUUCUCCUACGGGUUCGGCGGGCACUCCGGGACCCAUGCCCCAGCAGCCCAGCUCACAGCAGAGCACCGACAACAACAGCGAAGCGGGUAAAUCGGUGGACUCCUUCAGCCUGGGACUUUCUCCGCACGGCGAUGCCAGUGUGGGCUCGGGCGACGGCACGGGCGAGGACGAAGACGAAGACAGAGGCAAGAAGCGCCAGAAGAAGCGCGGCAUCUUCCCCAAGGUGGCCACCAACAUUAUGCGAGCCUGGCUCUUCCAACACCUCACGCAUCCGUAUCCCUCCGAAGACCAGAAAAAGCAGCUGGCCCAGGACACCGGACUCACCAUCCUCCAAGUCAACAACUGGUUCAUUAACGCGAGGCGAAGAAUCGUGCAACCAAUGAUCGAUCAGUCUAAUCGAGCUGGUGGGACGAUAGGAGGCGCAAGUGCGGCGUAUGGACCUGACGGUGGAAUGGGAUACAUGAUGGACGGCAGUCCACAAAUGCACAUUAGGCCACCAGGCAUGCAGAACUUGUCCUGCGGCGAUGCGUCGAUGGGGAUGGGACACAUGGGCGCCAUGGGCAGCUACCCGCAAAUGCCCCAACUGCGGUCGCCGACGCAGGCCAUGCUCCUGCCCGGUCACCCGCACGCAGCCGCCAUGAUGAUGGCGCCCAUGGGCCACCCGGGGCUGCCCCCACAGGGCUCCCCGUACGACGGCCAGCACAUCAUGGACAUCCACGCCAGCUAAAGCCGCGCCGCCUCGUGGCCCUUCCUCCGUGGCUGCCCUCGUCACCGAAUGUCCUCUAGCUCCAAGCUGUGCUGCCUCCGUCCGCCGCCUACAGGUGGCGGCACUCGACGGACCGUUUAUUUUUCUUUCACCUGUCGUCUGUUCCUUCAAACACACGCGCACACACCGUGCAAUACUGCGUCUGUCGCAGCAGGGUGUACCCUACGGCCUUCUGUUGUUUUUUUUUUCGAGACUUCUGCUGUGCACUUUUCGCGAAAACCGCGUUUUUGUUUCUUCUUUGUUUUUCAUGGCGAGCGCGUGAGUGAUCGUGAGCGACAAAUGUUAUCCUCUUUUUUUUUUUUGUUCCGGUGUGCGUAUUCCUAUGCGGACGUUUCUUACGUCUUUUUGUUUCGCUAACUUUCUGUCGAACUCCUACGUGUCUGGUCUUGCACAAUGCCUCUGACCGUGUCGUCUGCGAUGGGGAACAGAAGUCGCGAAACGCAGGGGUCACUUACAGACGCCUACUCUUUCGGAAGAAUUGAUUUACAGAUGAACAAAACAAGCUACUUGCCACUCUGCCUUGAAAGCGGCGAAGCGCGUUGCGGCGAUAGUUGACCCGAUUGGCGAACCAUUGACAACGCCGUUGGAGUCGUAGCUCACUGGGCAGCUUAGAUCGAUGGGCUGCCUAAUGUUUCAAAGCAGAAAUCACGUUAAGAAGUCGUGCUCAAUAUAUCGCGUAACGCCUAUGUCAUGCUCGCGCUCAUUGUUUCGGUGCUUUGUGAAGUUAUCCUAAGCGCGAGAUUGAUUCGAGUGAAAAUGGGACUAGCUAAACCACUGCAGCUAUAUUGAAAAAAAGAAGAAAUAAAGAUAGAGCAACGCACGAGCGAUCGUCCGACUCUUUCCUCACCGUCGACGGCGCAGUCAGGCGAGGCAGCAAGGUUCUUUUCUUACGCCUUGCGAAAGAAGGAAAUUAUAGCGAAAGGUCAAAAAGGAUUUCCUUUUUGGUCACGCACAGUCAACUUUCAUAGCCUGUAUCACUUUUAGUUGUUUUUUUAAUCAUAACUCUUCAUCUCCGGUCCUGUUGACCUUCGAUCCGACGCGACAGACUCGUUUCUCCCCUCCUGAAACCGUAAUGAGGCUGCGAACCGGUCGAUGUUUCGCAAUCACACUGGCACGAAAAGAAAGGUAACGAAAGAAUUAAAGUAAAAGCAAGAAGAGAAGAAAAAAACGUUCCGGAAUUUACCGGACACGUGUAAUGGUUAUCUAAACUUUUUCUCAUUUUUGAACGACCGCCAGAUUCGCUUCGAACGAUUACUUUCGAGUUUUCCUGAAAGUUAUCGCACUUGCGCUGUUCGUAAGGGAAUGUGCGAGCCAAUCGCGAUGCUGUGCGUAUUGCAAGCGAAGGUGGCUCGCCGUUGUCCAGUAGUUCUUACGAACGAAAAGGUUUUUGAAUUCGACCCUUGAUAUCAUUUUCUGUUGCGUGGCAAUUGUUAGCUGGUCUUCUCCACCUGCCGCUUCCUAACCGUCUGCAUUCAAGGCUUAAGUGGUUAGCUUCAGUUUCUGCCGACUCUUGCUGCUGUGGACUUGCAGAUUUAGAUAGUCAUCGUUGCGCAGCUGACCAGAACAA